CCUCGAUCCGCCUCGACGCCGCUGGUUUCCCCCUUCUUUCUCCCCCCUUCAGCCACGUCCUCGUGUCCUAUAACCUUUCGCAGCCUACGGUCCCGCCUCCAGAGGUCUCGCGUCCCUGAGUACCAAACGAUAGAAACAAGACUGCUAUCUUUGUCGUGCUGCCUCCUCCCCUCCUCGACGCUUUUCCUCCCCCUCGAUCGCUUUCCCGGCCCUCGUGAGACGUCGCAGCCAUGGGCCAAACCCUCUCGGAGCCCGUUGUCGAAAAGACUUCCGAAAAGGGCGAGGAUGACAGACUCAUCUACGGCGUGUCCGCCAUGCAGGGCUGGCGCAUCAGCAUGGAGGACGCUCACACGGCUGAGCUGAAUCUCCCCCCACCUGACAACGACACCAAGACGCACCCCGACAGGCUGUCCUUUUUCGGAGUCUUCGACGGACACGGAGGAGACAAAGUAGCGUUAUUCGCAGGCGAGAACAUUCACAACAUUGUUUUCAAGCAGGAGAGCUUCAAAUCCGGUGAUUACGCUCAGGGUCUCAAGGACGGCUUUCUCGCUACGGAUCGGGCUAUUCUCAACGACCCCAAAUACGAAGAGGAAGUCUCUGGCUGCACUGCCUGCGUCACCCUGAUUGCCGGAAACAAACUAUAUGUCGCCAACGCCGGUGAUUCUCGAAGCGUGCUGGGCAUCAAGGGACGGGCCAAACCCCUAUCCAACGACCACAAGCCUCAGCUUGAAACGGAGAAGAACCGAAUCACAGCCGCUGGCGGUUUCGUCGACUUUGGCCGAGUCAACGGCAAUCUGGCUCUGUCGCGUGCCAUUGGCGACUUUGAAUUCAAGAAGAGCGCCGAGCUGUCCCCCGAAAACCAGAUCGUUACCGCCUUUCCCGAUGUCGAGGUGCACGAGCUUACAGAGGAGGACGAGUUCCUGGUGAUUGCCUGUGACGGUAUCUGGGAUUGCCAAUCUUCCCAGGCUGUUGUUGAGUUUGUGCGACGAGGCAUCGCCGCCAAGCAGGACCUUGACAAGAUCUGCGAGAACAUGAUGGACAACUGCCUUGCGUCCAACUCAGAAACGGGUGGCGUCGGCUGCGACAACAUGACCAUGGUCAUCAUCGGCUUCCUGCACGGCAAGACCAAGGAGGAGUGGUAUGACGAAAUUGCCAAGAGAGUGGCCAACGGAGACGGCCCCUGUGCCCCCCCGGAAUAUGCCGAGUUCCGCGGUCCCGGCGUUCACCACAACUACGAAGACAGCGACAGCGGCUACGACGUCGACGCCGACAGCGGCGGCAAGUUUAGCCUUGCCGGAUCCCGGGGUCGCAUCAUCUUCCUGGGCGACGGCACCGAAGUCCUGACGGGCUCCGACGACACGGAGAUGUUUGACAAUGCUGACGAGGACAAGGACCUUGCGAGCCAGGUGCCCAAGAGCUCCGGCAAGACCGAUGCAAAGGAGGAGACAGAGGCCAAGCCGGCACCAGAGGCGGAGUCGUCCAAACCCGCGGAUGGGUCGGAGAAGAAGCAAGACGAAAAGACACCCGAGGAGAGUAAGAAGGAUUAGGUGGUCCUCUUGAAUUCUUUGGGCUCGUCUCCUUGAAGCCCCGCGCUGGUGUUGUUGAUGGCGUGUGUUUGUGUGUACGUGUGGCAUAAUUCUUUUUUCUUCCCAUCACCGCUACUCAAAAAACCCCAGGCGUGAGGGCAUUUUUAAAUCGCAUAGGGAGUGGGGGAGAGACGGGAGAGGCUCUGGAACGAAACAUUCUGGGAGACAAGGCAGAGAGCGUAGGGGCGGUUUAGACAUUGAGUGUUGCUCGUU